GAGCCGCCUUUGCUAAACCUAGAAUUUGGCAGUUGAAACCUGAAAACAUCACCUCCGUAAUAACUGGACUUCACCCUCACUGACACUCUUCACUUCCGCAACAAUGGCGGCUUCGAACCUCCUCCUGCAGCCCCCAUCUCUCCCCCACACCAAGCACCUCAAGCUCUCCUCGAACCCCUUCACCACAGCCCUCAUCUCCCCCUUCAAAUGCAAGCCCCUUCCCGCAUCUCUCAGAGCCCGCCCUCCGAGGGCAGUCCUCUCAACACCGGAGCCCCAAACACAGAAAUUGGAGCACUGUUUCACGAAAUCGGGCGAUGGCUUCCUCUACUGCGAGGGCGUUAAGGUCGAACAAGUGAUGGAAGUCGCCGAGAAGCGGCCGUUCUACUUGUACAGCAAGCCGCAGAUCAAACGGAAUGUCGAGGCCUACAAGGAAGCGCUGGAGGGCUUGAAUUCAAUCAUCGGUUACGCGAUUAAGGCCAAUAACAAUCUUAAGAUAUUGGAGCUUUUGCAGGGUUUGGGGUGUGGAGCUGUUUUGGUUAGUGGGAAUGAGCUUAGGUUGGCUCUCCAAGCUGGUUUUGAUCCUACAAGGUGUGUAUUUAAUGGGAAUGGAAAGAUCUUGGAGGAUCUAGUCUUGGCUGCACAAGCAGGAGUUUUUGUGAACAUUGACAGUGAAUUCGAUUUGGAGAAUAUCGUGGCUGCUGCAAGAAUUUUGGGGAAGAAGGUUAAUGUGCUCCUGCGCAUCAAUCCGGAUGUUGAUCCUCAGGUCCAUCCUUAUGUUGCAACAGGAAAUAAAAACUCCAAGUUUGGUAUCAGAAAUGAAAAGUUGCAGUGGUUUUUAGACGCUGUGAAGGCACACCCCACCGAACUGAAACUUGUUGGGGCACACUGUCAUCUUGGUUCUACUAUUACAAAGGUCGACAUUUUUAGAGAUGCCGCAGUUUUGAUGGUGAACUACAUAGAUGAGAUCCGAUCCCAAGGUUUUGAAAUAGAUUACUUGAACAUUGGAGGUGGGCUUGGGAUAGACUAUUAUCAUACUGGAGCUGUCCUUCCGACGCCAAGAGACCUCAUCAACACUGUGCGUGAAUUGGUUCUUUCACGAAACCUCAAUCUCAUAAUUGAACCUGGAAGAUCGCUCAUUGCUAACACUUGCUGCUUUGUCAAUCGUGUCACUGGAGUGAAAACCAACGGGACAAAAAAUUUCGUUGUGAUUGAUGGCAGCAUGUCAGAACUUAUUCGGCCUAGUUUGUAUGGAGCUUAUCAGCACAUAGAUCUGGUUUCACCUACACCUCCGAAUGCUGAGGUCUCGACAUUUGAUAUAGUUGGUCCUGUUUGUGAAUCGGCUGAUUUCUUAGGAAAGGAUAGGGAACUUCCCACGCCAACUAAGGGUGCUGGAUUGGUAGUUCAUGAUGCCGGUGCUUACUGCAUGAGCAUGGCUUCCACUUACAAUCUGAAAAUGCGACCUCCAGAAUACUGGGUUGAAGAGGAUGGAUCAGUAUCCAAAAUCCGACAUGGGGAGACAUUCGAAGACCAUUUAAGAUUAUUCGAGGGUCUUUAGAUUACUUCUGGCGUCUGCCCAUUGUUUCCACAUCGAGUAGGCAAGUACCUUGGUCGCUGAUCAAAUUUAUCAUCUGCUCGCUGUCUGUAUCUCUCUUUGUAUUUCAGAAUCUUGCGUUGGCUGAAUAAAAAUCGACUUUUUGUUUCC